UCAAUUAGAACUCUUGAGGGUCACUUAAGUUAUAAAUGUGUUCUGCUCCUCAAUUUGGAUGCAAUCAAUUUGCGAUUCGGAAAGGAGCCCCGAUUUUUAAAAUUGGGCCCCCCGUUUACACCCCAAGGGGGAAGAGAGAAGCUUCGGGACCAUGAAAUUUGGAUUUCUACUUCAACAUGUGCUCGCUCACUGAUAGUGAGAUUUUAUUCAAUGUCUUUGGAGAAUGAAUACAUUUUUCUCGUUGACUCAUAAAUCUUGAUCGAUAUGGUGGCGGUAAUUAUUUAGCAGUAGCCAAUCUUUUCAUUCCUGUUUCUCUGGAGUUCAAAUGGCUGAAGAUCUACCUCUUGUCGUGCUGGAUCUAGAUUUGACUUUGUGGUCUUUUCAAGUGGACAAACUAUUGAGUCCCUUCCUUAUUGAUGAUGAGACUAAUAUGGUGGUUGAUAACCGAGGAGUAUCAUGUAAACUAUACCCAGGUGCUAUGGCAAGCUUACAGUACUUGAAAAGUAAUGGUUUUCCUUUGGCCAUUGCUUCCAGGAUCUUGAACAUUUCAGCUGCCUACCAGUUACUACAUCUGUUCAAUAUCAGUCAGUACUUUGACUUCAAAACUAUUUACCCUGGCUCAAAAGUGCAUCAUUUCAAACAUCUUCAUGCUAUCUCCAGGGUUGAUUUACGCAACAUGAUUUUCUUUGAUGAUGACAAACGAAAUAUUCGUUCCGUCGCCCGACUAGGAGUGCAUUGUGUUCAUGUCGCUGAUGGUUUGACCGUGGACAUUAUCAAAGAAAACUUGAAUGAGUUUCAUCGAUCUAGAUCGGAGAUGACAGAUGGUGAAAAGAAGGAGCUGGUGUGAAUGUGAAAGCAUGAACACAAGGUCUGAGUACCAGACUUCUCAUGCAGAUCAACACUCUUUUAUAAGACAAGAAAGCUGGACACUACAGAAAAGUAUGGUACUUCUGCUAAGCCAAGAGAAGAAAACCAUAUUUUCUCCAACACCUUUCAUGGCAGAAUAAUCUGCAAGAAGCAAAUUUUUUUUCUGCGAAUUUUCUGCAAAAAAAAAAAAAAAAAAAACAUGCCGCCAAGCCACUGGGAACCGUCCCUGCAACAGAAGAUUCCAGCCAUCAGCAGAUUAAAUGUUUGCGAUAAACUUGCAGGAAAAGCCUUGGAGAUUUUCUGAGAAGUAGAAGCUACUAUCACCUGAACUUUGACAAAUCUUCAGCUGAGUGCAUCUUCAAGUGUGACAGUUUUUCUCUCAAUCUCACAGUCCACAGGCUGUUGUCAUCGAAACAGGCCAUUUCAAUUGUGAUCAACUACACCUUGUCAAAGGUUGAUUAAAUCGGUAAAUUGAUGUAAUUCAUGAAUUAUUAGGCUUUUAUCUGGUACACAGAAUGAUGUAAUUGAAAGGUGAAUGACUCAGAACUAAAUGAGACUAAUCUAAACCAUCAGCACAUUUCAUCCCUUGUAGAGCUUUUUCAAGCUGUGGCAACAUUAGUUUGUUGGAAUUGUUUAAUACAAUUGGGAUGAAGUUCAAAAUUUUUUGGCUGCACCUCUAGGUUGAACUAUUGGCUCUGAUUUUAAAUUAAGAUUUUAUAUUGAGGCAUCAUUGAUCAGAUAGAAGGUGUUUUAAAUGAAGCUAAUGGUUUGAAACAAAUUAUAACUAACUAUAGCUGCUGGUAGAUUUUCUGAAUUGUAGAUUAUUGAUGAAUAGGCCUUAAUAUUCUUAAUCAAAUGAAUAUAAAAUCUUAGAAUGAAAAAUAGGUAUGUUCAUGCUGCCACAAUGGCCAUCUGAUGAAUGCUGUAAUAAUCAAUAGCUAGCAAGUCACUGAACUUCUCUCUUCCUUAUUUCUCUAAAAAAAUGAAAAAAAUGUAAUAUUGUCAAUUAUCCUUUUUCUGUUGAUUAAAUUGUUCAAACUUUCAUUAAACAGUUUUCCAUGGCAAUGUU